AUGGGGGCCGCAGGGGAGAUCAGGCCCAUGUCCCUGCACUUCUGCCUGCUGUUCCUCUCUGUGGCCACCUUUGCUGGGGGCGCUGGAGGAUCAACCCCGACUCUUCAGAUGACCCAGACCAGCAAACACUGCAUCUCCUCCCUCCCGUCCCUGCCACGGAGCUGCAAGGAAAUUCAGAAAAAAUGUCCCGAAGCCGAGGAUGGCCUGUACCUUCUCCGCACCAAGCAGGGGCUCGUCUACCAGACCUUCUGUGACAUGACCAUGGAUGGAGGCGGCUGGACGCUGGUGGCCAGCGUGCAUGAGAACCACAUGGCUGGGAAGUGCACCGCGGGGGACCGCUGGUCCAGCCAGCAGGGCAGUCGGGCAGACUACCCCAAGGGUGACAACAACUGGGCCAACUACAACACCUUUGGGUCUGCAGAGGCAGCCACCAGCGACGACUAUAAGAACCCUGGCUACUACGACAUCCAGGCUCAGGACCUGGGCAUCUGGCAUGUCCCCAACGACACCCCGCUGUACUCCUGGAGGAACAGCUCCCUGCUGAGGUACUUCACCUUCUCACAGUUCUUCCGGAGACUCGGAGACAACCUGUUUGGCCUCUACCAGAAAUACCCCGUCCAGUACAACAUCGGCAGAUGCUGGAACGACAACGGCCCCGCCGUUCUUGUGGAGUAUGACUAUGGAGAUCCCCAGAAAACCGCCUCCUUCUACUCGCCCAACGGUCGACGGGAAUUUGAUGCUGGAUUUAUCCAAUUCCGGGUGUUUAAUAAUGAGAGAGCAGCCAACGCCCUGUGUGCAGGGAUAAGAGUUACCGGCUGCAACACGGAACACCACUGCAUCGGAGGAGGGGGCUUCUUCCCAGAGGCCAACCCCAGGCAGUGCGGAGACUUCUCCAGCUUCGACUGGAAUGGGCACGGGACUCACAGAGACUGGAGCAACAGCCUCGCCAUCACUGAGGCAGCUGUGCUACUCUUCUACCGCUGA